UAACUAACAGCGGCACCGAAUCACCUAACUUUCAAAGGCAAAUCAACAAGAUUCGGCAACACCCAGAACUUAAACCCCUUUCUCCUAAAAAUUAAGUAAAGAAAAAGAACCGUUCAGCUUCGUGCCUCUGUUAAUUUUUUAGAUUAGUUUUCGAUCUGUGAUUGUGAAUUUUUCUGAUCUGAUAACGUAAAUGGAACCAUUUUUUUGAUCUCCGUUAUACAAUUAAACGACUUAGUUUUCUUUCUGCUUCUGUAAUCCUAGCGCCUCCAUGGCUGCACCUUUCUUCUCUACUCCGUUUCAACCUUACGUUUAUCAGAGUCAUGAAGGUGCUGUGAUACCUUUCCAGAUUCUGGGGGGUGAAGCUCAGAUGGUUCAGAUAAUGUUGAAACCACAAGAAAAAAUUAUUGCAAAACCAGGUUCUAUGUGCUUCAUGUCUGGGUCCAUUGAAAUGGAGAAUGUUUUAAUCCCUGAAAAUGAAGUGGGUGUCUGGCAGUGGUUUUUUGGCAAGGCUGUUACUAGUGUAAUCUUCCGUAAUCCUGGUCCAAGUAAUGGAUUUGUUGGAAUUGCUACACCUUCUCUUGCAAGAAUCCUCCCGAUUGACUUGGCAAAGUUUGGAGGAGAGAUUUUAUGCCUGCCAGAUGCAUUCCUUUGCUCCGUCAAUGAUGUGAAGGUCAGCAAUGCAUUAGAUCACAGGGCACGUAAUGUCAUGCCUAAUAUAGAGGGGUUUUUGAGGCAGAAGCUAACUGGACAGGGACUUGCAUUUAUUCUUGCUGGAGGAUCUGUUGCACAGAAAGUUCUUGAGGUGGGUGAGGUAUUAGCUGUUGACGUGUCUUGCAUUGCUGCCCUUAAUACCACAGUCAAUGUCCAAAUCAAAUACAAUGGGCCAGUGAGACGAGCAGUCUUUGGGGGCAGUGACAUCCCCAAACAUGAGAGAGAAUCCAAAGUUCUUUGUGCAGAUUGCGAUUUUCUUUUUCCUGGCAUAUGUUGUGAUUGUAUCUUCAUUAAUCUUGACCGAUGUAUGAACCUUUUUUUUUGUUCUUUUUCCUUUUUUUUCUUUAUUAAACCCCACAUUAUAGCCCUUAAUCGAGCGUUGUGCUGCGGCUUAUUUAAUUUGAGUAUGACCGUAUCAAUGGGAACAAGGGUUUUGAAUUGGUCUUUUUGGAUAUGUAUAUUUUGUUCGUUAUGAUAGCUUUGGUUACGUUUUGUGACAAAAGAAACAGAAACAACAACUGGAACAGAAGGGAUGGCAGUCGACCCUUUAGAUUCAACAUCAAAUAUGCUUCAAUCUCGUAUCCUCGCUGGUGAGGAACAUUAUGAAACUAUACAAAGAGUUGAGCAAGCUUCAUAUUAUUGUUGCAGCUAUGUGAGUUGUUAUUGUGAUUUUUAUUUUUGGAUCCCAUGAGAUUUAUAUAGUAGUCAGUGUUGAUGCA